GAUACGGAUCCGACGCGAUUGGCGCCAUCAGUUUUUAAAGUUUGGCGUAACGUCCAUACGAUAGCUCUAGCUGAAAGCAAGUUUAAGGAACAGUAUAAAGUUAAAAAAAAACAUUCGCGCGGUUCAUUGUAGAAACAACCAAAAAAUAAGUUUUGUUUCUUGGACAAGUGACUCCUGAUCAAAAUAAAAAAAAAAGUGUGAUCCAUUAGUGAAUCGAAGACUUGAACAGUCAAUAAAAACACCAAGGACUGAAAGAGUUAAUUACAGUUCGAUCUAAAAAUAAAGUGUGUAAUUAAAGUGAAAAGUGAAAAGAAUCUUCUAACAAUUUUUGUGACUCUCGAAAAAAGCAAACCAACUUGCAGAAUGAUAACCCACUGGAACGUGCUCCUUGCCAUGGGGCUGCUGGUGUUCAUCAGUCCGGCGCUCGCUCGUCAGGAUCCGUACCUGCCCGAAAUAAGCUCCAAGGUGGAAAUUCCUGGCGAAGAGCUGUACAACGAAAUGGUAGAUGAAGUGCAAAAACUGCACAAUCAAGAAAUCAACUACCUACAGUACCUGGGCGCGAUGGCGGUUCGGCAGCAGCGGGAGGAAGAACUGCUGCAACAAAAACAGCAGCAACAACAGCAAUCUCCCCAACCGCAAACAGUCGUGGGAGAUGAUUCCGUGUCCGCCAUCCUGGACGAGCUGCCGGUUGACAGUCCGGUGAAAUCUCUAAAUCGGUUGGGUCGACUUCAGCCAACCCAGAAGCUGCUCUCCUACCAGAAAUCUAAGGACGAGAAGAAAAGCAAUCACUACAUGUCUCUGUGCCACUUCAAACUGUGCAACAUGGGACGCAAACGCAACACCCGAUUCCUGCAUUUCUGGAAUUAAGCAAAGAUACUCAACCACAUACUAAACGAUUGAUGCUAACAAGACUAGAAGAGUUUUCUUCUGCCCCUUCCGGAUAUACAACGCUAGAAGACAGCAGGAGAAAUAAACCCAGAAUCAACCUGCCAUUUCGCACGGGAUUGAUUCAACUCCACGUGCACAUCCCACAUUUUAUUUAUUCCAAUCGGCAUGUAAAAUUUUCCGAGUCAAAUAAGAUAAGAGCCCACCCACAUUGGUUUGGUUUUCGAAAUUUCGAACAGGAAAAUGAUUUCACCCCGUCAUCAUUUUUAGUCACAAUUGUAUUAGUAAAUUGCCUACUUUAGUUCAAUGGACGAAAAGUAUUGAGUUUUUUUAAAUACCUGUUUUAUUUAAAUUUUACAAUUAACGCAUCACACAUUCAAAUGUAGACCCCGGGGAACCAAGUACUUAACCUCCGGUGGUUAUAUGUAUUAUUAGGAUUAAGUCAUCUAUACAGAGAAAAAUUGAAUAAAAUUAAACCCAGCAAACAACAGAAUCGUUUUGCGAACUGAGAUAUUAUUGACCCACAUAACGUUCCACAUUGAAAUGUGUUAUGAAUAAACACAACAUAUAAUAGCAUGUAUUACUAUCAGUAACUUGCCGUCGGGCAAGAUUUCAUUGAAGAGAGA